AUGCUCGCAGGAGCCGACACUUUCGACGAUGCAAUAACCAUUCGCGACGAGACGAUAAGGGUCUUGCGGUUAGGCGCAUUUGAAUUAGGUAAAUGGGCAUCUAGCUACCCCGACCUGUUGACGGGUAUCAAGAAUCAGCAUGACAGUCCCGUCGCAAUCGACAACGGUCCAGAAAUGUCUGUAUUGGGCAUCCAUUGGAAUCAGUUUCAGGAUACGUUCCAUUUCACUUACGAAGUCGAUCACGGCUCUUCAGUCGUUUCCAAGCGCACUAUACUGUCUGAGAUCUCUAGGCUCUUUGAUCCCCUGGGAUUGCUGGGUCCCGUGAUCGUUCAGGCCAAGUUAAUUCUGCAGGAACUCUGGCAACUGGGCAUCCAUUGGGAUGAGUCGGUUCCACAGGAGCUUUACUCGCGGUGGCUUAAACUCAAAUCGCAAUUAGUUAACGUCAACAAAAUCUCUAUCCCGCGCUGCGUUAAGUAUGUUGCGGACUCCCGUUCAAUACAACUGCACGGGUUCUCCGACGCCAGCCAGCAGGCUUACGGAGCGUGCAUUUACCUGCGAUCCGAAGUCGGAAACAACGCUUAUCGCGUCGAGCUUCUAUGCUCGAAGUCUCGCGUCGCGCCUCUCAAGACGCUAUCUCUACCGCGCCUCGAACUUUCGGCGGCAUUAUUUGUGGCCAGAUUGAUCAAGAAAAUUGGGUCGUUGUUCAACUCGACCGGCAUGCGAAUAUUUUUAUGGACAGACUCCACGAUAGUCCUAAACUGGAUAUUUCUCCGUCGCGAAGAUGGUCGGUAUUUGUCUCCCACCGAGUCGGGGAAAUUCAAAACAUAA